GCCCGCUCCAGGACAAAACAUUCUUGAUCUGGUCGUUGCCACUUUUUAGUCGGACACCGUACCUCCGGCUCAGAGAUCCUACGAUUUCCGGCAGUACGAUGACACCCUCGUUCUGUUUCUGUUCUGAUACCCAUCUCUGCCUCUUUUCUCCUGUGAUAUACCUUUGCCUCUUGUCCGUGAAGUAACUCAGCCAAUAACUGUCGUGUAGUUUCUUGAAUUCCGCAGUUACGAGGGGAAGAGCAAAAAGAAGGAAAAGAAAAAAGAGAUGUGGAUUAUUGGGUGGAAAGGGCCUUCUGGGUUCUCUGCUCGCUCAACGGCUGAAGAAGUCACUCAGGGAAUAGAUGGAACAGGUCUCACUGCCAUUGUGACAGGUCUGUCGUCCUUUCUUGAGCUUCCUUUCAUAGGCGCGCCAGGAAAGGAUGGGUCGGAAAGAAAGAGGACGUCCGCCACCGGUCAAUUUCAUGGCGCCCGUCUUAUUCCAUUCUUAUGUGGGUGCCUCUAGUGGCAUUGGCAUGGAGACUACAAGAGUUCUUGCAUUACGUGGAGUCCAUGUAGUUAUGGCCGUGAGGAACGUGGAUGCUGGUAGGAGUGUCAAAGAAGCUAUACUUAAGGAACUCCCAUCUGCUAAAAUUGAUGUGAUGGAGUUGGAUCUCAGCUCUAUGGCAUCUGUUAGGAAAUUCGCGUCGGAUUAUCAAGCAUCUGCUCUUCCCUUGAAUCUCCUUAUUAAUAAUGCAGGGGUAAUGGCUUGCCCCUUCACGCUUUCCCAGGACAACACAGAACUACAGUUUGCAACAAACCAUAUAGGUCAUUUUCUUCUGACAAAUCUUUUGUUGGAGACGAUGAAGAAAACGUCACGGGAAAGCAAUACAGAAGGAAGGAUAGUUAAUCUGUCCUCAGAGGGGCACCGCUUUGCAUACCGUGAAGGAAUUCGUUUUGAUAAAAUCAAUAACGAAUCAGAGUACAGUAGUAUGCAAGCCUAUGGACAGUCGAAGCUCGCGAACAUAUUACAUGCUAACGAGCUUGCAAGGCGCUCAAAGGAAGAAGGGGUGCAGAUAACUGCUAAUUCACUUCAUCCUGGAGGUAUAGCGACCAAUCUUUUUCGCCACAGUAGCAUUCUCAAUGUACUUGCUUCUCUUGGAAAAUUGUUCCUAAAAAAUGUUCCACAGGGAGCGGCAACUACAUGCUACGUGGCUCUGCACCCACAAGUGAAAGGGGUCAGUGGCGAAUACUUCAUGGACAGUAAUAAAGCCAAAGCAACCUCUCUCGCGCAAGAUGCAGAACUGGGGAAGAAACUAUGGGAUUUCAGCAUAAGCCUGACCAAUCCUAAAUAGAAGGGUUCUGCUCGAACAGAUUGUCUGUUAUUCUUUUAGUGAAAACCAAGUUGUUCCUGAACUAGAUAUGAAGAAGUUUCACUGAGACGAGCAUUCAAGUUAAACAUGUUGGAAAGUCCAUACUCAUUCUCGAAUUUCUCUGAACACAUAAUUGGUGAAAUAGGAGAUGAUGGAAGGAGUGUAUUACUGUUUGUGGAUGCUGCAGACUGCAGUAGUACCUAUUGUCUGUACCAUUACUUCUUGAUUAGUUGUUCUUGGUAUAUCUGAAGACAUUCAAAUUUUUCCACCAA